AUGAGUGCCAUGUUCACUCUCGCCGCUGCCGGUACCAUCCCCGCUGGCGGUCCCGAUACAGUUUUUCCCGCCGAGACGUGCGGCACUGGCUAUGCAUCCUGUGGUAGGGCAGGCACCAAUGGUGACCCGGGCAACCGAUGCGCGUUGCAAUGCACUUACCUGGGAGGCCCUACUUCCAUGGGUAGCUGCCAGUGUCCAACCGGUUACUACGUGGAUACCUGCAUUAGCUCGUCUGCACACUCUGGUCGCCACAAGUGUUAG